AUGAACGUCCAGAGGGCUAUCUCCUCGGGCGUAUUGGCUGUUAGAUACGGAGACUACCAUGCGGCGAGCCUGGCCCCCCUACGAAACGAGGCCCGGAAUAUCGCCGACAAAGUGAAGGCAGCAGGCAAAGCCGCCGCCGCCGCCGCCGCCAACAAGGAGGCCAAGAGACAUGGGAAGAAGGAGGCCAAGGGAGGCAGUGCGCAAGAACCCCCCGUGAGGUACCAGGCGUCCUUCUCCAGCUUCUCGAGCUUCACAAGUAUAAGGAGCAGCCCACGUUCCCCCCGACCCAGAAUUCCAAUGUACAAGUAUAAAGAGCAGCCCAUGUUGCCCUCGACCAAGCAGCCUACGUUUCCCUUGACCAAGCACCAACAGUCCCCGUCGCCCAAAGGCUUCGGACCCGUACCCAUCUCGUCGGCGCCCAUCUUUCGACCUGACAGCACUAGACUCACGAUGGACAGUGAAAGCACCAGAGAGUCCCCCUCCGGUAAGCGCCGCGGUGACGAUGACGCACCGGACGCCCUCCAAAUGACAACGCAGUGGCUGGACGACCUUCUGAGAAAGAAGCAGUCGGACGGACGACGGGUUAUGAGCCCGGCGACGAAGGAUACGACCCAAUUCUUGCUCAAUCGGAUCCACGACGCCGCCAAAGCGGACCCAAACACACGCGAGAAGUUGACGCAAGCCGCAGCGCUAGAGACCAUCCGUAAGCAGAUCGGCCGUCGGCUCGAGGCUGACGAGAAGUACGCAGAGGCGCGAGUACAUUCGAAUUCUCGGGGAAGGAAGGUUUCCGAAUGUGUUGGGAACGCGCAAGACAAACAACGUUUUGAGUUUGCACGGUAA